GCACAAGAUCGCCUCGCACAACACCGAGUGUGUGUGUUUUGUCGUCUGCUGUCCGUCGAUUAAAGCACGCAGUUGGUUCUAGAGUGAAACGAAGCAUGGCGGCACGAUUGAUAAAGAAAAUUUUGGAUGGCGAAUUUGGAAGCUUGCUGACGAAAUUUUCCGCCCAACUGAAGGACAACUGGGUCAAGAUUUACAUAACCUCCUCCUCUUCUUCUUCUUCUUCCAACUCCUCCUCCUCCUCCUCCUCCACCAACAGCACCGUUUCCAAGGCAGCAGCCACCAAUGCUAAGCGGGCCGAACCGAUCGUUCAAACGGUUGCACCGUUCGGUGCCCGCACGUUUGCGUCCGGCACGCGCAAAGUGACGCUCAUCCCGGGGGAUGGCAUUGGGCCGGAAAUUUCCGCCGCCGUGCAGAAGAUCUUCGCCGUCGCCAACGUGCCGAUCGAAUGGGAAACGGUCGACGUAACGCCGGUGCGGAACCCCGAUGGCAAGUUCGGUAUCCCGCAGGGCGCCAUCGACUCGGUGAACCGCAACAAGGUCGGCCUGAAGGGACCGCUGAUGACGCCGGUCGGCAAGGGGCACCGGUCGCUUAAUCUGGCCCUGCGCAAAGAGUUCAACCUGUACGCGAACGUGCGCCCGUGCCGCAGCCUCGAGGGCUACAAGACGCUGUACGACAACGUGGACGUGGUGACGAUCCGCGAGAACACCGAGGGCGAGUACUCCGGCAUCGAGCACGAGAUCGUGGACGGUGUGGUGCAGAGCAUCAAGCUCAUCACCGAGGAAGCGUCGAACCGCGUGGCCGAGUACGCGUUCAAGUACGCCAAAGACAACAACCGCAAGAAGGUGACGGUGGUGCACAAGGCCAACAUUAUGCGCAUGUCGGACGGGCUGUUCCUGCGCUGCUGCCGCGACAUGGCGCAAAAGUACCCGGAGAUCAAGUUCGAGGAGCGCUACCUCGACACGGUCUGCCUGAACAUGGUGCAGGAUCCGCGCAAGUACGACGUGCUGGUGAUGCCAAACUUGUACGGUGACAUUCUGUCCGACAUGUGCGCCGGUCUGGUCGGUGGGCUCGGCCUCACGCCGUCCGGCAACAUGGGCCUGAACGGUGCGCUGUUCGAAUCGGUGCACGGCACGGCGCCCGACAUCGCGGGCAAGGAUUUGGCCAACCCGACCGCCCUGCUGCUGUCGGCGGUGAUGAUGCUGCGGCACAUGGAGCUGAACCAGCACGCGGACAAGAUCCAGAGCGCCUGCUUCGAGACGAUCAAGGAGGCGAAGUACCUUACCGGCGAUCUCGGCGGCAAGGCCAAGUGCUCCGAGUACACCAAUGCCAUCUGCGAUAGAAUCAAGUAAACCAAAAGCGCGUAUCACCGCCCCGGCGACGCAAGUAGGCUGUGGCUGCGGGGUGAAAAAUUCCUACCAGUCCUAGACGCCUGCCUGAGAUAGAAGAAAACGCGCGCGCGAACCCUUCAAACGCCAUAAAAAAAACAAGACGCGAGCGAGCGAGAAAAAGAGAGAGAGAGAGAGAGCAAGAGGAAGUACUACAAUAGUGGUUGUUUCUAGUGAAUUGCGAAGCAAAGGAUCGUAAGAGUAAUGCAAACACACCCAUGCAGU